AUGAUAAUUAGGCUGGCAAAAUGGUCUCAAGGCCAAGAAAGAGGGCCGUUAUCUUAUCAACAAUUGUUGACUUGCUCCAAAGGACAGAGAAGAAGAACUAUUUGUAGUGCUGGUUUUCUGACAAAGUCCUGGAAAUACAUCAUGGGUAGUGGCUUAACAACUUCUUCCUGCUACCCGAGAUCAACUCAGGCCCGAUGUCGAAUCAAAGAAAGAGGGCUUGGGAAACAGGAAUCGGUGGACUGUCCAGGUGGGGGAAUGGGGAAACUUUAUAGGGCGUCAGCACUCAGCAGAAUAGCGAGUAACGAAUCAGCUAUCAGAAGAGAGAUUUAUGACAACGGUCCAGUAAUAGCUAACAGCUGGGGAGAAGAAUGGGGUGAAGAGGGAUUCUUCAGGAUCAGGCGAGGAAGUAAUGAAUGCGAUAUAGAAGAGUUCAUUCUCUCAUUCUCCCUAGAAAGGAAGGUCCGCCCUCGAAGGAACUCGAAGCUAACACAUCACUCUCUUCACCAAUGA